AAGGAAAGGCGUCAGUUUGUCAUCUUCGCUCGUUGAUGUCGGGUGUUCUUUUUUUUUAUUAAUUAUUCAAUGGCUAGUUCAGUGGCCUAAUCACCUAGCAAACAAUGACCUCAACUAGAAUAAGUACCUGAUGAAAAGCUGAGAGUUAUCGUUGUAAUUAGCGUUAUCAAUCCCGAUAAUACUCGAGGGGAUGACAACGAGGGGUUGGAGAGUCGUAGCUGUUCGAAAACCGCUGAGGAUGAAAGGAAGAUACAAAGCAAUGAUGGUUGAAUUUCAUGCGUUUUAAAAUGAAGAUAAGCGAUGAUAACUAGAGCUGGUGAGCUAGGCGUUCUUGGAAGUAUUGCAGAACUGGGGAAUAUGGGACAUCAGAGACUAUCCGCGUUUGACGGAGGACGUGGGGAUCGUAGAUUUGUUCUCACACUGGCAUGUGGUAUGAUAUUUGGAUUUUUAUCAGCUUGUCUACUCAUCACAGCCACGAGGGACUCCAAUAAAAUGCUGGGAUGGCUGCCAGGAAAUUCUGGGAUUCAUCGAGAUCCUCAUCACUAUUCUGAGCUGGAUUCAGAGCUGGGUCCAGAUACUGAAAUAAAAUUCCACGGAGUGGAGGAGGAUUUUCACAAGGGCGAGGACAAGGUCGCUCAGGAGAUGUCGAAGAAGAUUCGUGUCCUCUGCUGGGUGAUGACAGGCCCCAAAAAUCAUCAGACUAAAGCUAGACAUGUUAAAGCGACUUGGGGUAAACGCUGCAAUGUUCUCCUGUUCAUGAGCUCGGCAGAAGAGCCAAGUUUACCGACUGUUGUGCUGCCAGUGAAAGAAGGAAGGGAUAAUUUAUGGGCCAAGACGAAAGAAGCGUUCAAAUAUGCAUACGAAAACUACAAGGACAAAGUGGAUUGGUUCAUGAAAGCCGAUGACGACACAUACGUAAUCGUGGAAAAUCUGCGGUACAUGCUGUCAUCCUACAGCCCAUCAUCGCCUCUGUACUUUGGCUGUCGUUUCAAGCCCUUCGUCAAACAGGGAUACAUGAGCGGUGGUGCUGGUUAUGUACUUAGUAGAGAGGGUCUCCGUAAAUUCGUGGAUGAGGCACUGCCAGAUUCGGCAAAGUGUCGCAAUGACAAUGGUGGUGCUGAGGACGUGGAGAUGGGAAAAUGCCUGGAGAAAGUGGGUGUCAAAGCGAUGGACUCGCGCGAUCCGUUUGGCAGGGGUAGAUUUUUUCCCUUCGUGCCUGAGCAUCAUCUCAUUCCAAAUCACGUUGACAAGGACUUUUGGUACUGGAAGUACAUUUAUUACGAGACCAAAGAUGGUCUCAAUUGUUGCUCAGACAGUGCUGUAUCAUUCCACUAUGUGUCACCCAAUAUGAUGUAUGUACUUGAGUAUUUAAUUUAUCACUUGAGACCGUACGGUGUUACUCAUAAUAUUGAGGAGCUGUCGCUGAGGCCAUCAGUCACCACUGGGUACUAGUCCAAAGAUUUGAAGAAUUGUAGGAGUUUAUAUAUUUUUGUUUUGUUUUUUUUUCUCUCUCUCUCUCUCUCUCUCUCUUUUUUAAAUUAUAUGGCCAUGUCAAUUGUACCGUAAAUUUGAAUGCUAGUCAUCUGACGCCAACGAAAUGAUGUGGGUAAUUCUCAAAUAAAUGGUUAAACAAUUAUGCACUACCCAUGCCAGAUUGAAUUGAUUAAUUGAUUAAUUGAUCAAAUGCAUAAAUCGGUGGAAUGAGCACAAGAAAGUUUUUAAAUAUAAAUUAAGAGAUGAUAAGAGAACGUAAAGUGGAUGUUUUUUAAUGCAGAAUGAGGAUAGUUAUAUAUACACAUAAAACUGUAUUUCAUAAUGUUAAUGGUAAUAUAAUAUAAUAAUCCCAAUAAUGUCGUUACUACCCAAGUAAUAAAUACUAUAAAUACAGAA